ACACGACGCUCUCGCAAGCAAUUCGUCAAUAAUUGGCCUCGUCUUGAACCGGCUGCACUUGACAAAGCUCAGCGAUCACACAACUCGGCUGGCAGUCAGUCUCGUGCAAGUGUUUCAAGUCGAACGCUGAUUAGUUGGCGCUUUAGUUUAUUGUUGAUUUGCGUUUCGUUUCGUGUUGUUGACGUUUGCGUGGUCUAAUCGUCAUAGUACGAAUUGUGAAAGUAAAAGGCGGCAUUUGAAGUUUUUUUUCUUUUUGCGGUUUUUAUGAGCUUCUGCGGCAAUUAUUAGUGUUUAAUCAAUUUAAAAUGUUUUAGUGCAUUGACUUCACGUUAAAAUUGUGGAUAAUAACAACGCUUGAGCGUUCGCUUUUGUUUAAACAUAUUUGUUUUUUUGUUACUAAAGUUUUUCUUUUGAAUUUAAAAGCUUUUUGGAAAAAAGUUUAAUCAGUUUCUGCUGAAAAAAUAUUUAGUCGUGUGUGACGAACGUAUGUCUGUAAUCGCAUAUGUGAAUUUGUGCAAAAUUCUAAACAAUUAAAUGUUUUAAUAAGAGAACUAAGUACAUACCAACUUGUAUACUCAUCCAGCAAUAUCGCCAGCGCUGCAACUGAGUGAAGGUGGUGAAAAGAACACACCAAAUAAGCGAAUAGUGAAUUCACUCGUAGUUUCAGCAUCACAAAUGCAUUUCUACUAGCACUGCUGAUAGUAUCUCAUUAGCGCAGAGAAACCUUAAACCCAAAACAUCAAAAUUAGUGUAACAAAAAAGCAAAAACAAAAUCUUAGCAACUCGCUACUCUAAGCGAGCGACUGUGCGCGUUACUGCCAAUCACGACGACGCAACACGCAGUCAUUAGUGUGUGAAAUACGAGUAGCAGCCACAGGAUACCAGACAUUGGACGAGACAGCUAGCUGAAAGCAGUUGGAAGGCAGCCGCUCUGCGUGCGUUCUUCAUUCUUCAACGCAUAUACGCGUAGUUCACGAGCACGUGACACAGGCAAACAUACACGAGUGGAUUUGUAGCUGGUGACCGUGACGGCUGGUAGGCGGAGUGACACAUUUAUUUUUUUUAGUUUGAUUGCAACGACAUGGCCUGCGUAAAUUGUGAGCUGGCCGCAAUUAUGAAAUGGCGACUAGCGGUGAUAUAUCGAUGAUCUCACCACCAUCGUCUUCCAUUUCGAACGGCCAGGAUCCAUUCGGACAAUUGCCGCCGCUGCCACCGCCACUGCGUUCAACACAAGUGCUUCAACCGCUAACGGUUUUUCCAGUGUCCAAUUUGAGCGAAGACUCUUACGAUUAUGUUUUUGGUGGUCGACGUAAGACCCCGCCUGCAACAAGAACAACAACUACACUCAAGCUGACCUCACCGCCAGUACGCCUGCGACCAGAAGACGCACACCAUCGUGGUGGCAACGUAAAUAAUGGUGGCCGUUUUUAUCGUCAUUCCUUCAGUUACGCGCCAAAACGCACCCGACAACACGGCAACAACAGCGAACGCAAUGAAAAUCGUGAAUCACGACUGAGAUGUCAUGGCGAAGACGAAGCAACACUGCGCCAACUGCUUCUCGAUUUGCAAAAGCAAGUUAGCGUGAUGAGCAUGAAUUUAUCAGCCAAACUGGAUGAGCUUCAACGAGGCGAUCGACACUUGGAGACGACAGUCGCCUUGUGUGAAAUACGUACACAGCUCCAGGAGCUGACCAAAUCCGUGGAGAGUUGUCAAAGUGAAGUGUCUGAGGUGAAACGAGACAUGGUGGCGAUCAAGCACGAGCUAGACACCGUGCAACAAGUUAAAGAGGAAAUCGAAGAGCUGCGCGAAUAUGUCGACAGACUGGAGGAGCACACGCACAGACGGAAGCUAAGACUUUUAGAACAAGUUUGUAGCUUAAAUUAUUUGCCAUGUUGUGUAAUUAAUACUUGAAUUUCAUUUAUAUUCAUGUACAACAAAAUGUCAAAUCUCAUUAUGCGUGCAAAUCAACUAAAUUCAAAACUUUAUAAAACAACAACAACCCCCCAAAAAAACCUCUAUUUACAAUCGGUUCUCAUAUCGGUACACAAAUUACAUACACUUGCUUAUUACUUUUACAGUAUGACAACAAAAGUUUAGCGCAUAAUGUCAUUUAUCAAUACAGACCGCUUCUUCAUAAACCUUACUUUCAAUUAUAUUUGUAUUUAUUUUUAAGUUAAAAUUAUUGUUGAAAAAUUCAAAAAAUCUUGUAAAAGCUGAUAAAAAAUAAAUAUUUGAUUUUGUAAUUUUAAUUUGCAUUUUUAUUUAUUUUUUAAUAUAUUUUUUAAAUUUAUUUAAAUAAUUUAUUGCCUUAAUAUUAUUGUUUAGAUAUUUAUUUUAUUUUAGAAAACUAUAACAGCUUCAUAAAUGGGUAAAAUUUACCUAAUUUUUUAUAUGAGUAUACUUAUAUAAAAGCUGCAGAACCUCCCGAAUUUUGUCCAGAAGAAUUACUCUCCCAAAAAUCGUUGAAACCUAAGACCUAAACCGCUGGUUUAAGAUUCUAUCUUCGUAAUCAGCAGAUUUGUUUUUACUAAGGUUUAUGUCUUCACUAUAAGCUCAAAGCGAUGAAAAGUAACUCUAGAUACUUCCCUACAAAUAAGAUAAGCCUCAAGACCUUAUCAAAAGAAAAUGUCUCGAUGUACUCUCCGAGUUGCAAGUUUUCUUUCUUUUGAAAUGACGUUCUGCUUAUUUGAGAACCACAAUCAUUUGGAUGUCUUACUCGAAGCACUAUACCUCAUUCAUCGCAGUUUGACUCCUAUUUUGUCGAACCUAGAAGGUUUGCUUCGAAAAUUACUAUUCAAUAGAAAGAACUCAACUUAAAUACCAAUUUUCUGGUAAUAACUCCAAAAGAUCAAUGCUAUUUUCAUCACAUGACUUUCUGGGUUCAAUUUAUGGGAGAUACAUCUCUUUUUAAACAGAGCUAUAUAGCCUAAUGGAAGAUCAUGAAAUCAACGCCCCUUGAAAGCUAUUCUUUAAUACCUUUGGAGCUUAUAAUUUGAUUUUAUCUUUUCAAAUUUGUAUCUUAUAAUUUAUAGCAGAAACCAAAUCACUUCAUAACUUCGAAAUCACAUUGGUAUAACUUACUCGGCUUAACAGUUAUAUUUGAAUUGUUUUAUAUUUUUUAUUUUUUUUUUUUUAUUUUGAGUUUUGCACUCAGUUUUUUUUUUAUAUUCCACUGCGCACAUUUCCAUAAAUUUUAAGUGAAUUUUACAUUAUUUACAUCGCCUACUUUUCUCUCUCUCUUUCUCCAUUGUCUAUAGGGUCUUACCUUCUUCCU